ACAAUUGCCUAAACCUUCAAACCUAGGCAAAUUGUUAAACCCUGCCCUUGGCACUGGGCAGGCACAGGGAAUGGAGCUCAAAGGCAUCAAAUGUCGACAUUGCUGUUAAAUUUAUCAGAACCCUAAACUACUCAUUAUCAUUUCUAAAUUGAAAGCAAUAGGUAUUCUCAGUGGAGCAGACUGUGUAACAUCUAAGCGUUUAGCAGGGCUAAUAAUGAGGUCUCGCAUUUUCUCAAAUGGCCGCAAAUGGUUUGUAAGACAAAGGGCACAGUGCUUAGUGAGUUCAAGCCAAGCGUUUUCUACCAGGGUUCGAACCUACAACCUGCAACCGGCCUUUACAGCAGAAAGAGAAAGGCGUCUGUAUAGUGAAAGCAACGCAUUAAAUUUGCCCUUCUUUUCAAGGGCAUUUUGGUCGAAAACACUUGCGGACAAGGGUUCUGUUAGCGAUGAAGACGAACUGUCGAAGACGUGGCCAGCGCCGGAAUCUGGGAAAAGUAUUUCCAAGAAAGAUUUUGUCCGAUUAGGUUUCAUGGCAGAUGUAGUUGGAGUAUUACAGAAAUGGACGAAUGAAGGAAACGAUUUGGCUGUAGAGGACAUAAAAAAUGUUGUUCGAAACCUUCGCAGGUUGAAAAGAUACGAGAUCGCUUUACAGGUUUCUGAGUGGAUGCAAAAGCACAAAAUGUUUAAGUUUGACACAGAUUACUGUGCUGUCCAUAUGCGCUUGAUAGCUCAAGUGCAUGGGAUGGCUCAGGCUGAAGAGUAUUUUGCUGAUCUCCCGGAGAAUGCAAAGAAUAAAAAAACCCAUGUUGCUCUUCUCCAGUGUUACGUCCAAAAGCGAUUGAUUGAAAAAGCAGAGCAACAAAUGGAAAAGAUUAAAGAGUUAGGCUUUGCUAGAGAUGGACAGGCUUAUUGUGAGAUGAUGACUCUCUAUAUGGCAGUUGGCCAAACAGACAAAGUGCUUUUGGAAGUUAAGCAUAUGAAGGAAAUGAAGGUGCCACUGGAUCCACAAACUUAUAAUCUAUGGAUAAGUGCAUGUGGUGCCAUGUCUGACAUUGAUGGGGUAGAAAAGAUUGUGGAUGAAAUAAAGGGUGGCAGUAGAAAUAAUGUAAAUUGGACAACCUACAGGACCCUAGCAAAUGUAUACAUCAAUGCUGGUCGUGUAGACAAAGCAGAAUCUGCUUUGAAAGAAUUAAAGAAAAGAAUGUCUCAAAGAUGUGUUGACGGAUGUGAUUCUCUUAUUACCUUGUAUGGUGUUCUUGGUAAAAAAGAGGAAGUUUAUAGGAUAUGGCAUUCUGUAAAGGCGGUUUUCGAUAAACCAUUCUUUUCAACUUAUAAAUCUGUGCUUACUUCAUUGGUAAAGGUUGGAGACAUUGAAGGAGCUGAGCAGAUUUUCCACGGAUGGGAGUCCUUAGCUCCUACAAUUAAUUGGAAAUUAUCCAACAUACUUCUUGAAGCUUAUGUAAUGAAUGGUAUGUUGGAAAAGGCUGAAAUAUUUCAUGCGAAUGUCUCAGGUAAAAAAUGCUAUCUAAAUGGCAGAACCUGGGAAAUUCUUACAGAGGGUUAUUUAGAAAGCAAACAAAUUUCGAAGGCAAUUGUAAGCAUGAAGGAAGCUCUAAUAAAAGGGAAACCUGAAAAAUGGCAACCAAAGUCUGAAAAUGUGAGGGGCAUCCUAAAAUAUUUUGAGGAGCAGGGCAAUGUAGAAGAUGCAGAGGAGUUCAAGGUACUUCUUAGACGUUUUAAAUAGAGGUUUACAACUCACUUUUCUUCACUUACAUCAUGUGGUAAAGCUGCUCAUGCAGUAUUUGAGAAAAUAGGAAAGGAUGGUUUGAACCAUGAUGAAGAAAUUGACUGGCUGCUCAAAUUAGUGAAUGAAUAUGAUAUCAAAUCACCAAUGCUUUGAAAUUGGCUUAACCAUGUAGUACCAAAACACUUUGAUGUUGUUUCUAAUAGAUUUUAUAUUAUUCCAAAUAUAAGUUAAUUUACAUAUUGGCUGCUCGUUUGCAAUAUAAUAUCCUAAUUGCUUUUGCAGUGAUCUGUUUGUGCUGAGUAAAGCAGCACCCUUGUAUACCACUGGCCCAUAGACAAUUUUGAAUAAGAAUUUCAAUUUUUUUGUAGUUUU